CGCGUAGGGCAGCCCCCUUGCAUUUGAAUAUACAGUAGUUCGGGGAGGCUGCCUUCGUCGCUUGUUUUUUUCGUCCUGUGAGACGAGCCUAGCGGGACGUGGGGGUGUACAUCGGUCGGUAACGCUCCUCACUCAGGACCAUAUAUAACAUUUGAAUGACAUCGUCCAGCUAGAGAGACGCUUUAAACGCUAAAAGACGAGCGGAGAGAGAACUGCUCGUUAGCAAGAAAUAUGGACUUGCAAAUACUGGAUCACAGACUCCGGGUCACCAGCAUAUCCAAGAACGGGCUGGUCAAUUACACUCACCCUCUAAUAAAACUGAUAUUUCUCCGCAACAGGACGCGAUGCAAGUUUUUUAGCCUGACAGAAACACCUGAGAACUACACAGUCGUCCUUGAUGAAGAAGGAUUUAAAGAGCUGGCGCCUUCGGAGCACCUCCAGGUCGAGAGCUCCAUCUGGCUGCCCCUCAACGUUGCCUCCAACGGCAACGCCUCCAGCAGCUCGCAGGCUGUCGGCGUGACAAAGAUUGCCAAGUCGGUCAUCGCUCCGCUUGCCCAGCAGCACGUUUCCGUCUUCAUGCUCUCCACAUAUCAGACUGACUUCAUCCUGGUGAGAGAGAAAGACCUGUCAGUUGUCAUCAGUACGUUGAAUGAGGAGUUCAACAUUUUCAAGGAGGUGGAAGGAGAGUAUGUGCCUGUGGGCUGCCAGGACUUUACCAACGGCCUCCUGAAGAACGGCAAAGAAGUCGUCCAGCCCACAGUUCACCCGGUGCUGAUCCCACUGAACCAGUUCUGCGUCAUGUCUCUGGAUCCGGACACGCUGCCGUCCAUCGCCACCACGCUCAUCGAUGUCCUCUUUUAUUCCAACAGUCCUAAGGAAGAAAGCGAAUCGUCUACUGGUCAGGACUUAGAAUGUAUCAAGUUCUUCUCCUUCUCCCUCAUCGAUGGAUAUGUCUCAUUAGUGAUGGACACUGAGGCUCAGAGACAGUUUCCUGCUGACCUUCUGUUCACCAGCUCGUCCGGGGAGCUCUGGCGGAUGGUCCGUAUCGGUGGUCAACCGCUGGGUUUUGAUGAAUGUGGCAUAGUYGCCCAGAUAUCUCAGCCCCUGGCAGAUGGUGACAUUUCUGCCUAUUACAUCAGCACCUUCAGCUUUGACCAUGCUUUGGUGCCCGAAUAGGACAUUGUGAGUGUGACGGACAUGCUCCACCACCAGAGGAAUGAACCACCCACCACUUGACUCGUUGUGUCCUCCCCUCCUUGGUCAGUUCUUCUUGGACAGCGGUAUCAGGAAAGGAUGCUAACUGUGCCUAGAUCCUCACUGCAUCGCCAACAGUAUUAACGACUUUGCCAUUAAAACCAGGAGCGCUUCUUUAUGACUUCUCUAAAGCUGGUCUGUGACCCUUCUUGUCUUAGCUAAGCUAGAAAAGAUUUGCAGACGGCCCCACCAAACCCCGGGGGGCCUGGAAGAACACAUGAUGGAGACAACAGCACACUUAUACAAUUCAAAUCAGAAAUACAGGCAUGAACAGGUAAGAUAGACUCUUUGUAUUUUAUGCAAAUCCUAUGUCUGGUAUUAAGUCAGUAUUCUGCAGGACUUCCUUAUGUGGCAAACACAGACUACAUAGUCUUCCUCUUAUAUGUACAGCUUAAAUAAUGAGACUAAUGCUGGGGGUAUUUUUUGUUUAGUUUGGCGAAAAUGCGUAGUAUUUUUCUUGUUACAUAAAAGGCAUGUUCAUGCACUUUAGAAGACCCAUAAGCAGCAGUUAGGAAAAAAUAUCAAAGGGAUCCAAAGUGUAGGUCUUCUCUGUUAAAGAUCUCUUUAAUUGACAUUGGAUGUUUAUGCCUUGUGGUUGCAAUCAGCCCGUUAAUAGUAACUGACACGGCCAUUAAAACACAAAUCUGUUGGAAAUUAAUUGUAGUUUCCUCAUUUCCUGGAAGCUGAACAUCAAAAAUCAUCCCUUACCUUUUUAAAAUGCAAACAUGACAAGAAGAUUGUGGGAGGAUGUGUCAUACUAUUUCAAGCCUUCUCACCAACCUUCGAAGGAAAGACUUGAAAAUGUUAUAGCUAUAAGUUGUAAUUCCAGCAUUAGUGUCAUAAUUUGGCUCCUUAAAAAAUACAAGUAUGUGAAUAUCAGGUUUCCAACUCCAUGGCUAAAAGAUGUGAGAAGUACCGUAUUUUCCGCACUAUAAGGCGCACCUAAAAACCUUCAAUUUCUUCAAAAGCCGACAGUGCGCCUUAUAAUCCGGUGCGCCUUUUAUUGUAGGUUUGAUUGUAGAUUGUAGGCCAAGAGCAUAGUUGAAAUGUUAAAUACCUCAUGACAUUAAGGUAUUURGUCAUUUAGGCUUUUUAUAAAAGGGAACUGAUAUGGUGAUUAAAACAUUAUUGAUGGAUUUCUCAUCACAGUAGCUUUAAAAGGAAGUUUUGAAGUCACUGUCAACGAUGUCAUUCCUUCACAUCUAAGCCAAGGAUUCAAGUAUAAAAGUCUGUCUUAAAGUGGGACAAGUUCAGUAAAUCUUUGCACCAUUAUAUUCAGUAAGGCUCACAUUAGUGACAUCGCUGAAAUGGCUCUAAGUAUAAAAAGACGCCCAGACAUUAAGGCAUUUUCAGAACUAAAAACUCAAGCUACUUGGCUUCACUGCUGGCUUCAAAGAACGGAUAGUUUUGGAUGAAAUAUAAGGUAUUUGUUGCUUUUGUUAUUUUUUCUUCAUUUUUAAUCUAAAGUCUAAAGUGUAUAUUUAAAUGUCAGAUAAAGAGUUUUAAACGCUGAGAUGAAAAGGAACCAGAGCAUAUCCUUGGGGUACACCGUGAAGGA